AUGUAACAGGAAAGCAUAUAUAAUUUAAUUCCUAAAGAGUAUGUACCUCCAUCCAAAGAACCAAUGUAUAGAUCUGCAUAUCCAAAUGGUUUAGUACCUACUGCAAGCACCUUCAAUAAUCAUACCACAAGUCGACCUAAAGUUAAUAUAAAUUUCUAUUUAAGGUCAAUAAUAUCAAUGGUGAUUUCGAAUUAGUCAAAGGACCUCAUACUCAUAAAGGAUAAUCUAAUUCUCUAGGAAAAAUUAAGGGUAAUUUAAAUUUUCUAUAAGGAUCAUACAAACCUGAUGCUACAUUGUUUAGAAUGAAGAAUACUGGUACAAUGGGAUCUAAUUAAUUACCUGAAAGUAAUCCAUUAUAUUAAAGUAGUUUAAUCAUUCAAAUAUCCAUAAUCAUGUAGAGCGGCAGUUCCAAAAAAAGAUGAAAAACCAAUACAUGGACUUAAAUCAAAUAAGAAUUUUAUUGUUACAAAUGCAGUUGAAAAUAUCCUUUCGGCCCCCAAAUAAGUUACAGAAGAGAAGGCCUGGACUGAAAAAAAAGAUUAUGGAAAAGUACCAGAUUAUUUAACUAAAAUCUAAAGCAGUAUCAAUAAUGAAUAUGAAAUCAUUCGAAAUAUGCAUAUGAAUGAAGCAGAAGAAAGAGACAAAUAAAAAUAUUUAAUGACUCUUGAAGAAGUAGAGCGUUUAAAGUUAGGAUUGAAAAAGAAAUGGGAAUCUGUAAACAAGGAGUAUUAAACAAUUACACAUAUAAGAAUGAUAGAUACUGUAGGAUUAAAAAGAAAGUAUAUAUUAAAUUCUAUUUUAUUAGAAAGGAGUAAUGCGAGAAAGAAUUAGCUUUGUUAGAGAAAGAUAUAGAAAAAUUAAAUAAAAACUAUGUUUUCAUAGACACGUAGAAAUGA